GUCAUGCAUAUUGUCAGCGUGGUAGCAAAAAUAAAUUGUUGUUGCUUUGUUGCUGCCCGCGGCUUGACCGCAAGGCCAAAGCCGUCGACUUGACCGCAGUCGCUACAUCAUUUGUGGUUAAUUGUAAUUAAAGCUCAGUGGUUUGCUUUAGUGCACACAUGCACCCGCUUGCAGCCCCCACACCACCAGCCACCACCUUCUCUUUGCCAUACGCAGCAGACGCUGUUGGAUGUGUCAUGUGUUAAACAAACAUUUUAAAACAAUUCGAUACGCUUUGUAUAGAACAAAAAAGCACUCUCUCUCGCUCUUGCUGUCUCUUUCUCCAUCUCGCUCUAACGUUCUAGCCAAAUUAAUAGUUGCAACAAGUUGGGCACUUUAAAAGAGGUUUAUAAUGCCCGAGACGACAGACAAGAAGCUGCACAGAAGACACAGCCCCCGCUCUAAUCCCAUUCCCAUCCUCAACAUCAGCCCCAGGUCCAGGCCCAGAUAUGGCAGCUAUAAUGCAUUACCCCGACAGCAGGCAACGGAUUUCACGACCACGCAGCAGUUGAAACUGCGUGCGGGCGAUUUGCGCAUAGCCCGCAUGCAGGUCAGUCUAACCAAGCUGCGCCUGGAAAUGGAGCAGUCCGGCAAGCUGGUCGAACAGCUCUGCCAGGAGGCUGAACUGGAGAUGAGGUUGGACAAGAGGCAGUGAGAACUUCAUAGCCAUGCCAACAAGCUCAAGGCCUGCUUCAGAAAUUGUCGUGUCUUUUAGGGUUAUUAUGGAUAUGCGAAAUUAACGUGCUAAAAAUACAAAUAAAUUGAUUUAAAAUAUA